CGAUGAGCGGCAGAGUCGGCGACCUGAGCCCCAAGCAGAAGGAGGCCCUGGGCAAGUUUCGGGAGAAUGUCCAAGAUGUGCUGCCCACUCUGCCGAAUCCAGAUGAUUAUUUCCUCUUACGCUGGCUUCGAGCCAGAAGCUUUGACUUGCAGAAGUCAGAGGCCAUGCUUCGGAAGCAUGUAGAGUUCCGAAAGCAAAAGGACAUUGACAACAUCAUCAACUGGCAGCCUCCAGAGGUGGUCCAACAGUAUCUCUCAGGGGGCAUGUGUGGCUACGACCUGGAUGGCUGCCCUGUCUGGUUCGAUAUUAUUGGACCUCUGGAUGCCAAGGGGCUACUGUUCUCAGCCACCAAACAGGACUUACUCAGGACUAAGAUGCGGGACUGUGAGCUACUUCUGCAGGAGUGUGGCCGACAAACAGCAAAGGUGGGGAAGAAGAUCGAGACCAUAACCAUGAUUUAUGACUGUGAGGGACUUGGCCUUAAGCAUCUCUGGAAGCCUGCUGUGGAAGCCUAUGGCGAGUUUCUCUGCAUGUUUGAGGAAAAUUAUCCUGAAACACUGAAGCGUCUUUUUGUUGUUAAAGCCCCCAAGCUGUUUCCUGUGGCCUAUAACCUCAUCAAACCCUUUCUGAGUGAGGAUACUCGUAGGAAGAUCAUGGUCCUGGGAGCAAACUGGAAGGAGGUUUUACUGAAACAUAUCAGCCCUGACCAGCUGCCUGUGGAGUAUGGGGGCACCAUGACUGACCCUGAUGGAAACCCCAAGUGUAAAUCCAAGAUCAACUAUGGGGGUGACAUCCCCAAAAAGUACUAUGUGCGUGACCAGGUGAAACAGCAGUAUGAGCACAGUGUGCAGAUCGCCCGUGGCUCCUCUCACCAAGUGGAGUACGAGAUCCUCUUCCCUGGCUGUGUUCUCAGGUGGCAGUUCGCGUCAGACGGAGCAGACAUUGGCUUUGGUAUUUUCCUGAAGACUAAGAUGGGGGAGCGGCAGCGGGCGGGUGAUAUGACGGAGGUGCUGUCCAACCAGAGGUACAAUGCCCACAUGGUGCCCGAGGACGGAACUCUCACCUGCAGCGAUCCUGGCAUCUAUGUCCUGCGGUUUGACAAUACCUACAGCUUCAUUCAUGCCAAGAAGGUUAGUUUCACUGUGGAGGUCCUGCUUCCAGACAAAGCCUCAGAAGAGAAGAUGCAACAGCUGGGGGCAGUCACCCCAAAGUAAUUCCUCCUCCCCCAGGAGGCCUG